CUAACUCUAUGUUUGUGGAUAUAUUUUAAUAAUUAUUCUUUAGAAGCAGAGUUCAUCACAUUACUGAAUUUUAGCCAAGGUUUGGCAUAUCCUCUUGUUGUUUUAUUAACUAUGAAUGCUGUGAAAAGCGAGUUAGGCUGCAAGUACAAACUCAAACAAAUGUUAAACAUAGCUUGCUUCGAAUCUUGGUGUAUAAUAGUUCCGGGGUCUGACUAAAAUAACUGUGUACUGUUCAAACCAAGCAAUAUUGAUAUAUUCACACAUUUUAAGCAUUAGUUUAGUCAGUAUUAAGUUUACAUGGUUGACAUAAAACCUAACCAUUCGAUUGCCAAUGUCAGCUUUUGAGGUUAGAACCAAUGAACCUUCUGCAAGCGGAAUGUUAAAUAAAUCACAGCGUCUUCUCUUAGGUUUGUUUGUUUUACUGUUAGUCGAUGUUAUUUGGGUGUCUUCUUCUGAAUUAACAAAGUACAUAUAUAAAAAUGCUGAAUUUGAGAAACCAUUCUUCAGUACCUACGUGAAGACGUCCAUGUUCACUAUUUAUCUGCUAGGAUUAUGCUUCUACCCACCAUGGAGAGACCAGUGCAACAAACCAGCCAACUACAUGUACAUAGACCCAGACAUGGAAGAUGAAAGUUACUACACAGACGCCAACACGAGUCUGAGUGAUCCCACGUUCGUUCCCAUCAAGUUCCCGGAGCGAAGUGAUCGCAGCUCCGGCACCGAAAGUGACGAGUGCUCUGUAAAUCGCUCCGUGCGCUUCAGCAAACUAGCCGAGGUGAGGCACAUGUCUGAGACGGACGCGACAGAAGCGUUGUUGGCAAGACUGUCAUACUCGGCCAGUCUGCGGGCGACGGAGAUGUAUCGUCGAGCGGCCAACAAACUCGACAUUGAACAAGUCUGCAAGGUUGCUUCCAUGUUUUGCAUCCUGUGGUUCUGCGCCAGUUACACAUACCAGGCAGCGUUGGCGCAGACGGAGGCAGGGAUGGUGACGGUGUUGUCUUCCACCUCGGCUCUCUUCACUCUCUUUCUCUCCGCACUCUUCCCCUCUAGUCCCGGGGACAGGUUUACGUUGUCCAAGCUUGUAGCGGUCUGCAUCACGGUCACUGGACUGACCAUAGUGAGCAUGUCAGACACACACAUAGAACAUCCAGCACAACACGUGUCCUCUGGUGUCGUGUUGUCUCUCAUCAGCUCCUUCUUCUACGCAUCCUACUUAGUGUUCCUACGGCGACAAGUCGAUCAUGAAGACAAGAUGGACAUUCCACUUUUCUUCGGUUUCGUGGGUCUGCUGAACAUGAUGCUGUUGUGGCCGAUGUUCUUCAUUCUCCACUACAGUCAUUGGGAGAGGUUUGAGUGGCCUAACAGGAACCAGUGGCUCUUCCUCCUCGUCAACGGACUGGUGGGCACAGUGCUGUCGGAGGUCUUGUGGUUGUGGGGUUGUUUCCUGACCUCUUCCCUGAUAGCCACUGUGGCGCUCAGCCUCACCAUCCCGCUGUCUAUGGUGGCGGACGUGAUGUUUGAACGGGUCCAUUACCCGGGCUUGUUCUACGUCGGGUCACUCCCUGUGUUCCUCUCGUUCCUUGGCGUCACGCUGCUGGCGCACUAUGACAACUGUGACCCGGUGUUGGACCUGGUGCGCCGAGCGUACAACACGCUGUGUCGCCGAGGAAGAUCUAUCAGACUGGCAGACUGUGAAAUAGAACAGACUGAGUCACUCAUAGGGAUCAAUGACGGAGACCACGAGGCCUGAGGCUGGUGACCUUGAAUGACCUUGUGUGACCUUGAGUGACCUUGUUCAACCUCACCCCAAGAUCUCGAUGACGUUCGGCUGCGCCGAGACGUGUGAUCGUUAAGUUACCAUCUCCAUUUAAUGUCCAACUGCGUUUUUUCCCGUUUGUCGUUUAUUAGCAAAGUGUCUCCUCAUAAAAACUAGCCGAAUUAAAUAUUUUUAUACGAAUUAGCACAAUAUUAUACGGUAUUAUGUGUUUAGGUAGGUGAACUUGCCAAUUUUGUACUCUUUGAUUUGUUAGCUUUCGUCUGUUUUAUCUCUGAGAACAAUACAUUUUUUUUACCAAUUUUAUGUUUGUUCUUACUAGGUAUUUUUUCAUAUAUCAGAAUGUAAAAAGUAUUGUAUAGCUUUAGGCCAAGGAAUUGUAUCGGAUUUGGCAAAAGCUUUAGUAUUGGUGAUAGUAAAUAGCUUCGCUGACCAAGAGUAUUAAAGAGGCACACGCAUUAUAAUGCUUCCGUCAAGCUGCCAAUUCUCUAGUGGGAUCACAACAAUAUCAUCUAGUCUGUCACUUAGAGCACUGAGAGUUAAAGUUUGAACAUUGCGACUGUGAAUAUCUACAGGUUUUAAAAUGAAAAAUGUACACAAAUAAAUCAAAUCUUAAAGCAUUAUUGAGCAUUUAAAACUAUAAGUUCUUAAACAUUCCAUUAAAUUAACUUAAGCAUUUUAACAUUCCAUUACUUCAAAAGUUUAGUUUGAUAACUAUGUUACCAAUCUAUUAAAAAAUAUAUAUUAUUAUAGUAGAGAUUUUUGGUUUAUUCAAGCCAAGUUUAUAAUGAAAUAAAACAUGCAGUCUACAUUUUUACUACAUGUACAGUAGACUCCCGAAUAUCCACAAGUGGAUUAACCACAAUCGUAAAAAAAUAUGUCUAUUAGUCUAUAUGUCUAUAUAGUCUGUUUCUCUAGGAUCCAGCCCGGAAUUGUUUUCCACUCUUCUGGCUAGGUCUAGAUGGGGUUGCGGCAUUAUCACUUAGAUAAAAUCCAUUGAUGAUUGG